AAUAGUCCACAAGUCCAUCUAUUAAUUUCCACAUAAUAUGCGGUAUUUGAUUCAUUGAUGUUGUGACGUGUAAUAUUUUUUUUAAUAAAAAAAGAAGUUAAUUUAAUCGUGAAUCAAUAGUAUAGAUAAAGAAAACCCUAGUAACUAAUAGUUUAGAUUUUUAUUUUAAGAAGAAAUCGCUUACAAUGAUGCACGAUGAAGAUUUGGACGGUCCAUCCAGGAUGAAUGUCAUUAGUCAAACGAUGUUUCGAAUGUCACAGAUCUAUCAAAGUUGGCAAGACCGUUGUGCUCCACAUGUUAUAUGGAGAUGGGGUUUCGCCGUAGCUUUAGUUUUAAUAUUUUUAAUUCGCAUUCUUCUAGUACAGGGAUGGUAUAUUAUUACCUAUGGUUUGGGCAUUUACCACCUUAAUUUAUUUAUUGCAUUUCUCACACCAAAAAUAGAUCCAGCAUUAGAUUUCGACGAUUCAGAUGGUCCAGAGUUACCAACGAAAUCGAACGAGGAAUUUAGGCCCUUUAUACGACGAUUACCAGAAUUUAAAUUUUGGCAUGCGGUAUCAGUUUCAACAAUUAGUGCAAUUUUUUUAACCUUCUUCGAUAUGUUUAAUAUUCCAGUAUUUUGGCCCAUUCUUGUUAUGUAUUUUAUUACACUCUUCUGCAUUACCAUGAAACGACAAAUCAAGCACAUGUUGAAGUAUCGAUACUUGCCAUUUACACAUGGAAAACCAAGAUAUCAAAAUCACGAGGAUACAACAAGAUUGAUGAAAUGAGAUUUUUUGUUCUGUGAGCAUAGGAUUUUUUUAUUUCUCAAUUUCAAAAUGUGUAAAUGUUUGCGAAAGACUAUAAUAUUAAUUAAUUCAUUGUCCAGUUUUAGUAAUUUUUUUUUUUGUUUCUGUCGACGAAGAAUGUUCAGUGUGAUAGUAAAUAAGUGAAAAUGAGAGAAAGAAAGAAAGAAAGAAAGAAUGAGAGUUAGAAAUAUGAAAAAAAGAAAAGAAUGUUUUAUUUUGAUUUUGGAAUGAGACAAUUUUCUUUUGAAUUCUUUUUUUUUGUGUAAAACUGAAUUGUCUUAAUAUAUUUGUAUAAUAAAACUUGUACAAAGUAUCGUUAGGUUUUUGACACACUUGAACGUGGACACGAUAACAAUAUUUGCAUCAUGGAAUAUAAUUGUUAAUUGUUCGAUUACCAUUUAAAAAAUCAAAGAUGCUGUGUUUCAUCGAGAUUUAGAAAAGAGAAAAAAAAAUCAUCCUUCCUUUAAAAAAAAUCUGCCAUUCAAUAUAGAAAACAUUUGAUUUAAA